AUGUUUAGCAGACAUCAAAAGAUGCCGAAGAAGGUGAAAGAACCCGUCAAUGCCGUUCAUGUCUUCGGACGUAAAAAAACUGCAAUCGCAACUGCUUAUUGUAAACGCGGCCGUGGAUUGUUGCGAGUAAACGGACGUCCAUUGGAACAGAUCGAACCUAAAAUCUUGCAAUACAAAUUACAAGAGCCUUUGUUGUUGCUUGGCAAAGAAAAGUUUGCUGGAGUUGACAUUCGUGUACGUGUUGGAGGUGGCGGUCAAGUUGCACAAAUCUAUGCAAUCCGCCAAGCGAUUUCGAGAGCGAUUGUUGCUUACUAUCAGAAGUAUGUCGACGAGGCCUCUCGCAAAGAAUUAAAGGACAUUCUUACACAAUACGACAGAACUCUUUUGGUUGCUGAUCCUAGACGAUGCGAACCCAAGAAAUUCGGUGGUCCAGGAGCUCGCGCCAAGUACCAGAAAUCAUACCGUUAAGCUUCAUGCUUUUUACGGAAGCAACUUACAGCGUCAAUUUCAUCUUGCUGUAUACUUUUCUUUAUUGCAAAAUAAAUCGGAUCAACUGAUAUAAAAUGAAGAAA